AUGCAGCAAGGUUUUGUGAGAAAUCUUCUAGACUCAAAUAACAAACUCUUUGUUAUCGCUCUGUCUCUCUUCCUUUCUCUUCCCCUAUGUCUUUCCUUUUCUUUCCUUCUUUUCCCCCAUGCUCUCUUUUUCCCUUGCUCUCUCUUUCCCUUUCUUUCUCUCCCUUCCUCUUCCUCGCUCUUUCUCUCCCUUUCUCUCCCUUUCUCUGUUUCUAUCCCUUUCCCACUUUCCCCCUCCAUUUCUUUUUCUAUUGAUAUCUCUCAUUCUCCUUGCCUUUUCUCUCUCUAUUUCCCUUUCUCUUUCCCGCCCUUUCUCUUUCCCCUAUCCCUCCCUUUAUCUUUUCCUUAUCCCUGUCUCUUUCCUCUUUUCACUCUUUCACUCUCUGUCUCUUUCACUCACUCUCUCUCUCACUUUCUCUCUCUCUCUCACUCUCUCUCUCUCUCUCACUCUCUCUUCCCCUUGUAUUUUCCUCUUGCUAUCUUUCCCUUUUCUUCUCUUUCUCUUUCCCUUUUCUCUUUCCCUCUCUUUAACCUUUUCUUUCUCUCUUUUUCCCUUGCUCUCUCUUUCCCUUUCUUUCUCUCUCCUCCUCUUCCUCACUCUUUCUCUUCCUUUCUCUCCUUCUCUCCCAUUCUAUCCCUUUCUCUGUUUCUAUCCCUUUCCUCCUCCAUUUGUUUUUCUAUUGAUAUCUCUCAUUCUCCUUGCCUUCUCUUUCUCUAUUUCCCUUUCUCUUUCCUGCCCUUUCUCUUUCCUGCCCUUUCUCUUUCCCUCCUUUUCUCUUCCCCCUAA